GCUAUAUUAUCAUACACACAACCGAAACAAGAAUAACAAAAUCUUUUUCUUACAAAUUCUUAUUCAAACAUCAAAGAGAGAAGUAAUGGAGGCAAUGAAGAUGAAGAUGAUAGUGUUUGUUAUGGUUGUUGCGGUGGCUUUUUCAGCUGCGGCAGCCGCCACCGUGGAAGCUCCGGCUCCAAGCCCAACUUCUGAUGCUGCUAUGUUUGCACCAGCAUUGUUUGCAUCUGUUGUUGCAUUGGCAUCUGGUUUCAUCUUUUGAUCAUUCUUUUUUUUUUUCUUUUCCAAUUAUUUUAAUUGUAUUUGUUAAUGAGUUUGUGUGAUUUGGUUCUCUUGUUUAGAAUGUUGUAUCUUUAAUGUUAACCAUCUGUUUCACUAUGUGCUUGUAUAUCUAUGUGUAUUAUCAGUUAUCACAGAUUGUUUAUGAGUUCUUUUAUCUUA